GGAACCGUCUUUGAUUGAAAUCCGACGGUAGUUCGCGAUCCCAACCACACCACCAAUUGCCCAAUCGUGUCACACGUCUCCGCAAUCAUGUCUGACACCGCCAUCCGUCCUCCUCCGAGCGCCGUCGCGCGACCCGUCAGUGAGGCACUUCUCAAUGAGAAGUGGGACCGCUGCCUGUCCAACCUCCUCGUCAAGUCGUCUCUUGGACUCGGCUUCGGCGUCGUCUUCUCAGUCCUCCUCUUCAAGCGGAGGGCGUGGCCCGCCUUUGUUGGCGCUGGCUUCGGAGCCGGCCGGGCGUACGAGGAGUGCAACUUCAACCUGCGACAGGCGGCGAGGGACCUGAAGAAGCAGGCAUAAGCAACAGACCAGACGACCAGGGGAAGAGCACGAGACCACCAACGACGUGGAACAGCGCCUUGUACAAAAGCGAUACGACCAGUAGCAAACAUGCGCGCGGUGGAGCUACGACUUUCGGGCACUUUUAUAUCGGUCGGGAUAGACCGAGCGAAAGGCAGAGUGAGCAUAGGUUAGGGAGAGUGGAGAGAAGUGGAUAGAUUCACUAUGUACACC